AUGACCAUGAACACUAAGGCAACUUCUGCGUCACGUGACUGAUAACAGCUGCGCGUGAUGAACUGAUUCAUUGCUGUGUUGGAGAAACCCUUCCUGACACAAGAGGAGCAACAUUUUACCAUCUUUGUUUCUACUCUCAGCUGAGCGUUAGUGAGCAGCAGGCAGGACAAGCUCGUCAGGUGUUGGUCAGCUGCUCUCUGUUUGUAAUAUUUUAGUAUUUUGCGCCACCUUGUGAGCGAACCAGUUCCCUCAGCCGAGCCAACACAUCUGUCCCAAGAUGGUGUCUCUAAUUCGCACUCUUCGGCAUCACACAGACGAGGUCAGCUGCUGCGCCUUCUCUCCAGCUCUGCUGGUCACCGGUUCAGGUGAUAAAAGUCUUCGUGUUUAUAACGCAACCGACUUCUCGGAGCUUCCCUUUUCUCCUCUGACGGGUCAUGGCUACGGGGUUCACAGCUGCUGCUUCAGCUCUUGUGGCAGCUUCCUGCUCAGCUGCUCCACGGAUGGCUCCACCAUGGUGUGGCGCUCGGAGACAGGUGAGCUGACAGCCACGCUCGAGCACCCGCGCCGCAGUCCGCUCCGAGUCUGCGCGAUGGAGCCAGACUCCUCCCUCGUGUUGGCAGGUGCCUGUGAUGGCACCGUGGCCCUCUGGGACUUCCGCACCAAGACACUAAACAGAUGCAGUGCAGUAAGUGAGGCCAGCGUUGUGGCUUGUUCUUUCUCUCCAUGUGGACAGAUGUUUGUGACCGGCUGCAGUCAAGGAGACCUCAAACUCUGGGACCUGGACAUCAGUCUCCUACAUGCUGAGAAGGAUGCCCACGACCUCGGGGUCACCUGUUGCAGCUUUGCACCUCAUUUUAAAAUUGAGGGAUGCUGUGUGGAGUUUCGAUUGGCCUCCUGUGGACAGGACAGCCAGCUGAAAAUAUGGAUUGUUUCCCAGUGUGAAGGAGCAGCCUGCACCAUGAAGCUGCUUCACACCCUCACCGGCCAGUCUGCUCCGGUUCUGGCCUGCGCUUUCUCUUCUGGUGGAGAGCUGGUCAUUUCUGGCUCAGUGGAUAAAAGUGUAAUAAUAUAUAAUGCGAACCUGGGAACCCUGCUUCACACUUUGACACAACAUGACAGAUAUGUGACUGCCGUUGCAGUGUCUCCCAGCUUUGGCCUGAUUGCCACUGGCUCAAUGGACCGAUCAGUAAACGUGUGGAGAAUGGGAGAUGAGGAUGGCCAAACUGGAGGAAUUAUGAUUGAUGCUUACUGGUGCAGCUGGGCAGACUACCAUGCCGUCUCAGAGAGCUAUCGUUAUGGAACUGCUGAAUCACAGCAGACAACAUGUCAAGGAAGGAAGUUGCCGGGAUACUCCAGGCUGCUGCUUGCUGAUUGGACAGAGCAGGAUGUGCAGACCUGGCUGCGCGAGGAGGAACUGGUGGAGCUCGUCAGUGUCUUUAAAUCCAACAACAUCGAUGGAGCAGAGCUGAACCAGCUGAGCAAGGAAACACUGGUCGAGUUGGGAAUUGAGUCUCUGGGCCUCUGUGGUCGUCUCCUGAGGAAAAUCGAAGCCUUAAAGGCACAGCAAAGUGGCUCUGAAGCCCCAAAUCACUUUCUGUGUCCAAUCACACAAGAGCUGAUGAAGGAUCCAGUCAUUGCUGCAGAUGGAUUUUCCUAUGAACGAGAAGCUAUGGAGAGCUGGAUCCAAGGCAAGAACAAAACCAGCCCCAUGACAAACCUGCCCCUACGGACAACACUCCUCACUCCCAACAGAUCCCUUAAGAUGGCAAUAACAUGGUGGAAGUCAAGCCAGUAGGCAAGCAGCUCAUUUUAGAUUGUCAGAAGCCAAUGCAGGUAAUUACUCAUGGACAAUAAGUGCUCUGAUCAUUGAAGUAAUUACUGUGUUGUUUGGAACCUCACUCUUAGUCACAUCUCAGAAAGAGAGACAUAAUCUGUGAUAAAUCAACUGAUUACAAAUAAUCUACUAGUUUUAUGCAGUAAAAUGUUUACAAAUGACUGGCUGACACCUGUUCAUAGCACAGCGACAAAAUGCUUGUUUUAUAUCCAUGAUAUGUGAUUCAUUCAGUAUGAUGUGGUACUCUUGCUUUCAAUUAUAUUUCAAUAGUUUGUACUGACUGAAUAAGCUGUACCAUCCUGUCCAGCUCAAUGGAAUUCAAUGUGCACUCAAACUGCAGUUACCAAGUGUGGCCACAGAGGCCGCUGUUUAGCUAAAUUUGGUCUCACUGAACCGAUGUGCUAAAUUACUUUGGACAGCAAUUUAACAACUGUAUGCUUACAUUCCUGUUCGGCUCCAGUUAUCUAAAUUUAAUGUAUUUUUAGAAUAAAUGCAGACGAACAAG